GUCGGAGCCAUCAAGGCCCCUCAGUGCUCCUCCUGUGCCGCUGCAUCCCACUUGCCGGGGGCUGGGAAGGAUUGAGCCAGCAAUAAAUCCUUGGGGUCGUCUGGCUGAGUUGCCCCGAUAUUUGCUGCAUCCGAUUCUGAUGGAGGGUAGCGGGCAGGGCACAUGGAGACGCACAUGGACAAGCCAUGGAUGUGGGAGGAGCCGCUCAGAAACAUGUCGGUCGGCGUUGGUCGGAAAAGACAACCAGACCAGGGGGAUCGGCUAAUAAAAUAACUCUGCGGUCAUGUGCCGACUGAUGCGCUGCUGCUGCUGCUGCUGCAUGACCGACGAGGGGGUCUAGACGCGUCAAAAAGCUUAGUCUCGGCCGCCCCCGAAUCCUAUUUUACCCCCGGCGCUUCCCACCAUCUUUCUCCGGUGCUCUUGGACGCACUCUUCGCUGCGCUUCUUGGUGGCAGGCGAAACAUCGUCUCUGCCCGUCGACGACCGGCUUCGUGGUGCCCAUCCGAAUAAGUCAGAGCAUCGUCGACAAUGGCUUCAACCAACGAAAAGCAGUCCGUAGCGGCCCCAGACGUAGACACGGCCGAAAACAGCAAGCGGGAGUCGGGGUCUGCUGUCCAUGAUGAGUCGAUGCUGCCCCAGUCCUACACCCCCGAGGAGGAGCAGGCGGUGGUGCGGAAGCAGGACAUGGCUAUCCUGCCGCUCUCGGCCGGCAUCUACUUCCUCUGCUACCUGGACCGGUCCAACAUCGGCAACGCCAAGAUCCUCAACUCGAGCACCCGCAACGACAUGCAGAGCGAGACGGGCACGAGCAACUACCAGUUUACGAUAGCGCUCAUGGUCUUCCUUAUCGCCUACGCCAUCUUCGAGGUGCCGUCCAACGUGCUGCUCAAGAAGCUGCGCCCCAGCCGCUGGAUCGCCUUCCUCAUGUUCUCGUGGGGCGCCAUGACCAUGGCCCUGGGCGGCGUGCACGACUUUGCCGGCAUGGCCGCCCUGCGCUUCCUGCUGGGCAUGUUCGAGGCCGGCCUGUUCCCGGGACUGGUCUACUACCUCACGUUCUGGUACAAGUCGGACGAGCGCUCGCUGCGCGUCGCCCUGAUCCUGGCCAGCGCCACUCUGGCGGGCGCCUUUGGCGGCGCCAUCGCGUACGGCAUCGGGCACAUGAACGGCGUGCACGGCCUGUCCGCCUGGCGCUGGCUCUUCAUCCUCGAGGGCAUCCCGAGCUGCCUCUCGGCCGUGCUCGUCUGGUUCCUGCUGCCCGACUACCCGGAGGAGUGGUCGGGCCUGUCGACGCGCGAGCGCGACGUGGCCGCGGCCCGCCUGGCCGUCGAGGGCUCCAAGAGCAGCCACAGCUCCAUGAGCUGGGCAGAGGCCGUCGGCACUCUGACCGACUGGCGCCUGUACGGUCACUACGUCGUCUACUUUGCCAUCUCGGCGCCCUUUAGCAGCCUGUCGUACUUUACGCCCACCAUCACGGCCGGGCUGGGGUUUUUCGACCUGCACGCGCAGCUGAUGACGGUACCGCCUUAUGCGGUGGCUUAUGUCGUCCAAAUCCUCGUCAGCUGGUCCGCCGACCGCACCAACGCGCGCGGCCUGCACGCCGCGGCCCUCGCGGCCGUCGGCGCCAUCGGGUUCCUGGUGUCCGCCCUGCUUCCGCCCACGGCGUUCCUGCCGCGGUUCGGCUGCCUGAUCGUGGCGGCGGCGGGGGCCUUCAGCUGCAUCCCACCCAUGCUGGGGUGGCUGUCGUCCAACGUGCACAGCACCGCGGCCACGGGCCUGGCCAUCGCGCUCAACGUCAGCUUCGGCGGCGGCCUCGGCCAGAUCCCGGGCGUGUGGAUCUACAAGGCCGACGAGGCGGCGAGGGGCUACCCGACCGGCCACCUCGUCAACGCGGGCAUGAUGUUCUUCGUCGCGGCCGGGUGCGUGGCGCUGCGGGUAUACUACGGCUGGCUGAACGGGCGGCUCCUGAGGGAGAACCCGGCUGGCGACGUGCGGCUAUAUAGGCUGUAGAGGGGAUGGAUGGAUUGGAUUGGCGGUGAUGGGGUGAUGGGAUGGGGAAGGAUUCACAACUGCCAUAUGUUAGGAUCGACAUCCUGUCCUCCAUCCCCACAUGGCCAGGGAGGCCUGGGGAAGCAAGCGAAAGACAGGAAAAAUAAAUCCCGACUGCCCUGUCUCACAAAUAUCGACGCCGACCCUGUGCACCGACCAGUUAUUUCGUGUGCUGCAGCAACAAAGCCGACGGGUCUUAAUCCGUGCUCCAUCGCCCACACAACAUCUCGGCUUUUUCCAUGCCAUCCUGGACCAUAUCCCUAGACUUGCCCCUAGCCCAAUCUAGCCACGGCAUUUUUGUGACCGAGCCCGCUGUUGCUGGUUCAAGCCAGGCGGGUGGUGAUGUGAGGAGCAGGAGGUGAGGGGUCAGUUACAUCGCAAGCCGGUUAGAAGUAGAUGGCAGCCGUUUUUGUCUUGUUUUUCCCCACCAAGCAAACCGCACCUGGUUCCGGCCUCUGCCCUCCGACUAGAUACACCGCUGCGGUGUUUUUGCUUCCGGCUGGCACG